AUGGAAAGUGUGUGUGUUACAGGAGCAGGAGGGUUCAUUGCCUCCUGGCUUAUCAAGAUGCUCUUGAGCAGAGGCUACAUUGUAAAAGGAACAGUUAGCGAUCCUAAUGAUAAAAAUUAUAAUCAUCUGAAAGAGUUGGAAGGGGAGGAAGAGAGGCUUGAGCUUGUGAAGGCUGAUAUUCUCAACCCUAAAAGUUUGAUGCAAGCUAUCAAAGGGUGCAAAGGAGUAUUUCACAUGGCUUGCCCUAUCAUUGAAGAUCUGGCAAAAGUGUUGCAGGCGGCUGUGAAGGGCACUCUAAAUGUGUUGAAGGCCUACAAUGAAUUGGGAGUGAAGGGUGUAAUCCUUACAUCUAGCAUCGGCACCAUUUACCUCAACCCCAAAAGGAAUCCGCAAGCUAUAGUCGAUGAAGACUGCUGGAGCAACCUUUAUUACUGCAUUGAAACCAAGGUCACAAACUAA